AUGUAUGUAUGUUAUAGGUUGAUGGGUUGGAACGGGAACAGGAACAAGAACGGGAACAAGAACAAGAACAAGAACAAGAACAAGAACAAGAACAAGAACAAGAACAAGAACAAGAACAAGAACAAGAACAAGAACAAGAACAAGAACAAGAACAAGAACAAGAACAAGAACAAGAACAAGAACAAGAACAAGAACAAGAACAAAACAAGAACGACAACAAGAACGACAAGAUCAGGAAACAAAAACGAAAAACGGUCAACCACCAUGACAUCCAGCCUCCCCCCAAUCCUCCCCCGAUUCUUCCAUCACGCAAUCCAAUCCUUCUUCACAGGCGAGCCCCGUCCGGGCCUCCAACCCAUUCCCGGAACCAAACCCUUGACAUUCGAAGCCCUCCUCUGUCCAGUCCUACUCUACUACAUCGCCCUACUUCUCCUCCCACCAUCCUCAUCCCCAUCUCCAUCUCCAUCUCCAUCCCCUCAAUCUCCCCAAAAACAACAACACCACCACCAAAAGUCCCUCCCUGCAUCAUCUCCUACUUCCACCUCCUUCCAAAUCUCCACUCUCCGCAACCUCCUCGCCCUCAGCGCCGCAUACUUCUUCCUACGCCUCCCAUGCGCCUACCACGUUCCGCAGAGUAUUGGUUUGACGUAUCAGUUGGGACUCGUGGGCGUAUAUGGGGGAUUACGAGUGUUGGAUGCGUUUUUUGUGAGUUAUUAUGGUUUUGGACAUGUUCCUCGUCGAGUACGAUAUUCGCAUUUGGUGCGCGCAGAGACGCCGAGGGGAGAGGUGAUGAUGAGGCCGUGGGCGGAUGGGGGAAGUGGGAGGAGUGGAACUGAUGAUGGUGGUGGUGGUGGUGGUGAUGGUGAUGGGGGAAAGGGAGGAGAGGGGAUGAAAGGUGGUGCAAAACAAGAGCAACAACAACAACAACAACAGCCUACUGUCAUCCAAGAUGAUGAUGACUCGACGGCCAUGACGAAAACCGCAAAUUCCACAUCCGUGGAAAAAAAUCACCAAAAUCCAGAAUCUUCUUCCCUUCGACCUCGUCCUCAGCCCCCACCAAGAAUUAUAUCCCAAUCCGAUUUACUCGAAAACAUGACCAGUCAAUCCUACACCGACCUACUCAACAACGACGACGGCUACAUGACGUUGAUGAAAAAACUCCUCGACGGCCCGAAACCCAUUCCUGUCACCGAAACCGCUCACACCGAAGAUGGUUGGCCGCACGGUUUCGGCGAUCGUGCAGCUUGGGCACUGGAAUUGGAACUCUCGAUGCGUGGAGUCGGCUUUACGUGGACGACGGCAGAUGUGCGACAUACGACCAAAACGUGGUUGCCGACGGUGCAGAAUCGUGUGCAUUCGAUUCUGGUACACGUCGGACCUGUGCUGGUUGUCGCGUGGGCGAUUAUUAAAACUAUCUAUGUGAAGCGGCUGGCAGUGAUUUCUUCUUCCUCUUCUUCUUCUUCUUCUUCUUCUUCUGCUUCUUCGAAGCAGCCACCACCCCCCGAAUCUCCCUUCGACGCCCUAACUUUCCCCGAACAAUACCUCCUCACAGCCGCCUUAGGAGCCUUCCUCAUGGCAGCUUUCUCCCUCGGCCAUUCCCUCUUCGCAAUCCUCUGUUCACCUCUCGCUCCGUCGCCUCUAGCUUUUUUCCCUCCACUCUACACCACUCGCGUCUGGGAAAUCACUUCCGCGCGCAGCUUCUGGUCCUAUGGCUGGCAUCGACUUUUUGCGCGCCUAUUUCUCGUCUGGGGCGUUUGGCCCGGCGAAUGGGUGGAGAGAAAACUGAUGGGUAAGAGGUCGGAUCAAGCUGCUGAUGUGGGCAAAGUUUUGGGAGGGUUUCUGAGUUCUGCUGUUGUGCAUGCUUUUUCCGUGAGAAGUACACUGGGAGGCAAGUGGAGUGAUGCGGCGGGUGAAGCGAAAUUUUUUGCGUAUAAUGGAGUGGCGAUUUUGGUGGAGGAGCUUGUUAAGAUGGGAGUGAAGAAGUGGAGACGAAGUAGAGGCCGGAAAGAGAAAAUGUGGUAUGAUGCUGUUGUUGGGAGGAUUUGGUGGAUCGGGUUGUUGUUGACUACGGGGAGAAAUUUUGCACGUGGUUGGGCGAAGGCUGGUUUGGUGCGUGAAAUGGCUUUCAUGUAG